GGCUGACGGAUAGCUUCUUUCCUUUACCAAGAUGGCGGCAAGCCUUUCGUAUUCGGCGUAGGAGUGUUGCGAGCCCAUGUGAGAAGCUGGCAGGCUGAAAAACAGGCAGUUCACAGGACGGACUUUCUGGCUACUGACCAUUUAGCUGUGGCAUACCCGGAUUGUGUGUGGGUGGGAAAUCAACCAUGAGCUCCGUGGCAGUUUUGACCCAGGAAAGUUUUGCUGAACAUCGCAGUGGCCUUGCUCAGCAGCAAGUAAAAGUUACAGCUUUAAAUGCUGAAGAAGAGAAUGAUCCUCCAACAUACAAAGAUGCCUUCCCCCCUCUCCCUGAGAAAGCAUGUUUGGAGCCAGCCCAGGAACCUGCUGGUGCCUGGAGUAAAAUCCGACCAAUCAAGGCUUCUGUUAUCACUCAGGUAUUCCAUGUGCCCCUAGAGGAGAGGAAGUACAAGGAUAUGAACCAAUUUGGGGAAGGGGAGCAAGCCAAAAUCUGCUUAGACAUCAUGCAGAAGACAGGGGCUCACCUGGAGCUAUCUCUUGCAAAAGAUCAGGGACUAUCAAUAAUGGUCUCUGGCAAGCUUGAAGCAGUGAUGAAAGCUCGGAAGGAGAUUGUAGCUCGGCUUCAGACCCAGGCUUCAGCAACAGUUGCUAUUCCCAAAGAGCAUCAUCGCUUUGUCAUCGGAAAAAAUGGAGAGAAGUUACAGGACCUUGAGCUCAAAACUGCCACAAAAAUCCAGAUCCCCCGCCCGGAUGACCCCAGCAACCAGAUCAAGAUCACUGGCACCAAGGAAGGAAUUGAGAAAGCUCGACAUGAGAUCCUUUUGAUUUCUGCUGAGCAGGAUAAGCGUGCAGUAGAGAGGCUUGAGGUGGAGAAAGUAUACCAUCCUUUUAUUGCUGGUCCUUUCAACAAGCUGGUGAGUGAGAUCAUGCAGGAGACUGGGACACGCAUAAAUAUCCCACCACCCAGCAUCAACAGAACUGAGAUAGUCUUCACUGGAGAGAAGGAGCAGCUGGCCCAAGCAGUGGCACGUGUUAAGAAGAUCUAUGAGGAGAAGAAAAAGAAGACUACCACCAUUGCUGUGGAGGUGAAGAAGUCCCAGCACAAGUAUGUCAUCGGCCCCAAAGGCAACUCCCUGCAGGAGAUCUUGGAGAAAACUGGAGUCUCGGUUGAGAUCCCCCCCACUGACAGCAGCUCAGAGACUGUGAUACUGCGUGGCGAACCUGAAAAGCUUGGACAGGCAUUGACUGAAGUCUAUGCCAAGGCCAAUAGUUUCACAGUCUCCUCGGUCUCAGCCCCCUCUUGGCUUCAUCGUUUCAUCAUUGGCAAGAAGGGGCAAAACUUGGCCAAAAUCACACAACAAAUGCCAAAGGUUCAUAUAGAAUUCACUGAAGGGGAAGAUAAAAUCACUCUGGAAGGACCCACAGAAGAUGUGAAUGUGGCUCAAGAUCAGAUUGAGAGCAUGGUCAAAGAUCUGAUUAAUCGGAUGGAUUAUGCAGAAAUCAAUAUAGAUCACAAAUUCCACAGACAUCUUAUUGGAAAGAAUGGAGCCAAUAUCAACAGAAUUAAGGAUCAGUAUAAAGUAUCUGUGCGGAUCCCUCCAGACAAUGAGAAAAGUAACCUCAUCAGGAUUGAAGGAGACCCUCAGGGAGUUCAAGAGGCCAAGAGAGAGCUGUUGGAUCUUGCAUCACGUAUGGAAAAUGAACGCACAAAGGACUUGAUCAUUGACCAGAAAUUUCAUAGAACUAUCAUUGGACAGAAGGGUGAACGGAUUCGGGAUACCCGGGAUAAAUUUCCAGAGGUUAUUAUCAACUUUCCAGAUCCAUCGCACAAGAGUGAUAUUGUCCAACUUAGAGGACCCAAGAAUGAGGUGGAAAAAUGCACAAAGUACAUGCAGAAAAUGGUGGCAGAUUUGGUUGAGAAUAGCUAUUCUAUUUCUGUUCCCAUCUUCAAACAAUUCCACAAGAACAUCAUUGGCAAAGGAGGUGCAAAUAUUAAAAAGAUCCGUGAAGAAUGCAACACUAAGAUAGAUCUACCAGCAGAGAACAGUAAUUCAGAAACAAUUGUCAUCACAGGAAAACGAGCCAACUGCGAAGCUGCUCGCCAUAGGAUUCUCUCCAUCCAGAAAGAAUUGGCUAAUAUCACAGAGGUGGAGGUCUCCAUCCCUUCCAAGCUGCACAACUCACUCAUUGGCGCCAAAGGUCGUUUCAUCCGCUCCAUCAUGGAAGAAUGCGGUGGAGUUCACAUUCACUUCCCCACCGAAGGCUCAGGUAGUGAUACAGUCACCAUCAGGGGCCCUGCUCAGGAUGUUGAAAAGGCAAAGAAACAACUCUUGCAAUUGGCAGAAGAAAAGCAAACCAAGAGUUAUACUGUGGACUUGCGUGCCAAACCAGAAUAUCAUAAAUUCCUGAUUGGCAAAGGUGGUGGCAAUAUUCGCAAGGUGCGGGAUAAUACUGGUGCUCGGAUUAUCUUUCCUACUUCGGAGGACAAAGAUCAGGAACUGAUUACUAUCAUGGGGACAGAAGAUGCUGUCAAGGAGGCCCAGAAAGAGCUGGAGGUGCUCAUUAAGAACCUGGAUAAUGUAGUUGAAGAUUCCAUGACUGUGGAUCCAAAGCAUCACCGGUACUUUGUCAUCCGGAAAGGGCAGGUACUGCGGAUCAUUGCAGAGGAGUAUGGGGGUGUAAUGGUCAGUUUUCCACGGCCUGGUACACAGAGUGACAAGGUCACUCUUAAAGGAGCAAAAGAUUGUGUGGAAGCAGCAAAAAAACGCAUCCUUGAAAUCAUUGAUGAUUUGGAAGCCCAGGUGACAAUAGAAUGCACUAUUGCUCAGAAGUACCAUCGUUCUAUUAUGGGCCCUAAAGGUUCUAGGAUCCAACAGAUUACUCGUGACCAUGGUGUUCAGAUCAAAUUUCCAGACCGAGAGGAAAGUACAGCUUCCAUUGCAGAUGUGGUGGCACAUGAGAAUGACAAAGAGAAUAAUGAAGGGAAAGAGUACAAAGAAAUAGAUCCUGCCUCCCCAAAGAAAUGUGAUACUAUCAUAAUCUCUGGUCGUCGAGAGAAAUGUGAGGCAGCAAAAGAGGCCCUCCAGGCUUUGGUCCCAGUUACAAUUGAAGUAGAAGUUCCCUUUGACCUUCAUCGUUUUAUCAUUGGUCAGAAGGGUGUUGGAAUCCGGAAAAUGAUGGAUGAGUUUGAGGUAAACAUCCAAGUUCCUGCCCCAGAGCUUCAAUCUGAUAUCAUCUCUAUAAGCGGGCUUGCUGCUAAUCUUGAUCGUGCCAAGGCCAGACUUUUAGAGAGAGUGAAGGAACUACAAGCUGAGCAAGAAGAUAGGGUAUGUGUUGGACAAUAAUUAUAGUGCUUUUGC